AUGUUGGGUUUCGCCCGCCCAGGUGCAAGUGGACUUUUAAAGGAAGGUGGUCAACAUUUCUACGGAAUUCAGGAAGCUGUUCUCAAGAACAUCGAGGCCUGUAAAGUCUUGGCGAGCAUCGUCCGGACGAGUUACGGCCCAAACGGGAGAAACAAACUCAUCAGCAACCGUUUGAAUAAGAUUUUCAUCACAUCAGAUGCAGCUACAAUUGUUCGGGAACUUGAGGUUGUCCAUCCUGCCGCAAAAAUGGUUGUGGCAGCGUCGCAGGCACAGGAGCGAGACGUCGGUGACGGCACCGGCCUUGUGCUCGUGCUUGCCGGUGAGUUGCUGAACCAGGCAGCCGAUCUUCUGCACCAGGGUCUACAUCCAAGUGAAAUUGUGAAAGGAUACAAAAGAUCAUGCGAAGAGGCUUUGAAGAUCAUGGAAGAAGGGACUCUCCAAGUGAGACGGGUUGACGACUUGAGAGACGCCGCUGCUGUCGCUGAGGCGCUGGAGGCGUGUCUUGCGAGCAAGCACUGGGGCGCGGAAGCUUUCCUGGCACGACUGGUAGCCGAAGCCUGCAUCCAGGUCCUGCCUGGCUACUUCGAUGGGAGCGCAGUCAACGAUGUGCCUCUGGCGGAAUUCGCCGAUGAUGAGGAAACUCGUGAGCGGCUUCGUCGAUUCAAUAUCGAUAACGUCCGUGUCGUGAAGGUACUCGGCGGCUCGCUCUCUGAAUCAAGCCUCGUUCGCGGAACUGUGCUGGUGCGAGACACCGAGGGUACAGUGAAACACAUCAAAGACGCCAAGGUUGCUCUGUUUACGAACGAUGUCGAUACGUUACAGAUGGAAACAAAAGGCACCGUUGUCUUACACUCUGGAAAAGAGCUGGAGUCGUACACAAAGACGGAAGAGCAGAUUCUGGGCGAACGCAUCCGCAAACUCUCCGAGGCAGGGGUGAAUGUAGUGGUUACCGGAGGCAAAUUCGGCGAGAUUGCCUUACACUAUUUGGAAAUGCACGGUAUCAUGGCGAUUCGGUGCCCGUCGAAGUAUGACCUGCGUCGGGUGGUCCGCGCUACCAAUGCCGUGGCGGUUUUGUCGCUAGGAGAUACGCCACCAUCGCUGGAAGAAAUCGGCUCCUGUGAUGAGGUAAGCGUGGAAGAACGCGGCUCAACGAAGAUGAUCGUUUUCGGUCAGCGCAGUGAUGCCACGAGAAUCUCCACCAUUGUUUUACGAGGCGCGACACAAAACCUAUUGGAUGAUGUAGAGAGAGCCAUCGACGAUGCAGUGCACAUGUUCAAGGUUCUGGCGUGCCGGGACCCGCGCCUCGUUGCGGGGGCGGGCGCCCUUGAGAUGGAACUUGCGAGCCGCCUUCACGAUUUUGCAGACCGCGCGAAAGGCCUCGACCAGUUACCCAUGCAGCAUUUCGCGGAAGCUCUCAAGAUUAUCCCGCGGACGCUCGCCGAGAACGCCGGGCAGAAUACGACGGAAGUCAUGACGCGGCUCUAUGCGGCACAUCGCCAGGGUCAUAGCCAUGCUGGUGUGGAUAUCCGCCUCGAGUCUGGGACGAUGUCCACGGGAUCUGAAGCUCGAGGCAUCAUCAAUGCCAACGAGUACAAGAUAUGGGAUUCGCUUGCAGUAAAAAACGCAGCGAUCCGGAAAGCAGUGGACGUGGCAUGUACGAUUCUGAUGGUGGAUGCCUUGAUCAUGGCGAAGCAGGUCAGUGGUGCCGGCUCCGGUCACGGCUAG